GUCCGAAGUCGGGGUGAGGUGGGAACGGACCGCGGGAACAGUCCGAAGAAGGCGGCUAGGAGGGCGGUCGAGCGGCGCUGGAGGCACUUGCACGGAAGAAAGUGACUUUGGAGCUUUCAUCUAUUCUGUCAUUUGGGAUUUAAUUUGCAUCAUCUCUGACGCUAUUUUAAAAAAGGCAGCAGCAAGUGAAACCUGCACACAACAUGUUGUUGCGCAGAAGGACUUCCACUCCCUGGCUGUGCUAUUAAUGUUAGCAAUCAGGAAAAGCCUUUGGGGGCUGCAGAUUCUUUCUAGUCUGAUGCUGCUACUGCUGCCACUGCCGCCACCACUGCUGCUAAGGGUUUUGGUGCAGGGAAUCCAAACUGCUGCCUUUUCUGUCCGCUGAGCUCUUCACAUCUGCAUGUUGCUGCUGCUCAUACACACACCAUCUCACACCCUCCCUCCAUGGACUGAUUGCUGCCGAGGGAAGGCGAGCCCCAGCAAGUGAUCCAUUUUUUUGGGGAAGGAACAUAAAUUGCAUUUAUUUGUUGUAUUCUGGAGGAUUUGUUCUGAGGAUAAUCCCAUUUUGGAGGGGAAGGAAAACAUGACGUCGCCAGCUAAAUUCAAAAAGGAUAAGGAAAUCAUAGCUGAAUAUGACACUCAAGUCAAAGAAAUUCGAGCCCAGCUUAUUGAACAACUGAAAUGUCUUGACCAGCAAUGUGAGCUUAGAGUCCAGUUGCUUCAGGACCUGCAGGAUUUUUUCCGGAAAAAGGCAGAGAUCGAGAUGGAUUAUUCCCGGAACUUGGAGAAGCUGGCAGAACGUUUUCUGGCAAAAACAAGGAGCACCAAAGACCAGCAGUUCAAGAAGGAUCAAAACGUUCUUUCACCUGUCAAUUGCUGGAACCUCCUGUUAAAUCAGGUAAAGCGGGAGAGCAGGGACCAUACCACCUUGAGUGACAUCUAUCUGAACAAUAUUAUCCCUCGUUUUGUUCAAGUCAGUGAAGACUCUGGAAGACUUUUCAAAAAGAGCAAAGAAGUUGGGCAGCAGCUCCAGGAAGACUUGAUGAAGGUCUUGAAUGAGCUGUACACGGUGAUGAAGACCUAUCAUAUGUACAAUGCCGACAGCAUCAGUGCUCAGAGUAAGCUGAAAGAGGCAGAAAAGCAGGAGGAAAAGCAGAUCGGCAAGUCUGUGAAGCAAGAGGAUAAGCAAACCCCACGCUCCCCUGAUUCAGCCUCCAGUGUCAAGUUUGAAGAAAAACAUGUUAGACGGAGCUCAGUCAAGAAGAUUGAGAAAAUGAAAGAGAAGCGCCAAGCAAAAUACACAGAAAAUAAACUGAAAGCUAUUAAAGCAAGAAAUGAAUAUCUGCUGGCUCUGGAGGCUACUAAUGCAUCUGUGUUCAAGUAUUACAUCCAUGACCUGUCUGAUCUCAUUGAUCAGUGCUGUGACUUAGGAUAUCAUGCCAGCCUUGGUAGAGCACUGAGGACAUUCCUGUCAGCAGAGCUGAAUCUAGAACAAUCAAAACAUGAGGGCUUGGAUGCCAUAGAGAAUGCUGUGGAGAACUUGGAUGCCAACAGUGACAAACAGCGCCUCAUGGAGAUGUGCAACAAUGUCUUCUGCCCACCCAUGAAGUUUGAAUUUCAGCCUCAUAUGGGUGACAUGGUCUCCCAACUAUGUGCCCAGCAACCUGUGCAGAGUGAGUUGGUGCAGAGAUGUCAGCAGCUGCAGUCUAGGCUAUCCACUCUGAAGAUUGAAAAUGAAGAGGUAAGUGAGAAGACAAUGGAAGCCACACUACAGACUAUGCAGGAUAUUGUUACAUUGAGGAUUUGAUGUCUCUGACGGCUUCCAGUAGGCAAUUCCAUGGAGUCUGUAAAAAUCAACAGUCUCUGAAACUUCAUGAGCAAGCCAAGCAUUGCAAGAGACGGCCAAUCAGCAGAGACAGAACAGUUCUAUUUCACAAAGUUGAAGGAGUAUCUGGAAGGCAGGAACCUCAUCACCAAGCUUCAAGCCAAACAUGACCUCCUCCAGAAGACUCUGGGAGAAAGUCAAAGGACUGACUGCUCCCUGGCCAGGCGCAGCUCUACCAUAAGGAAGCAGGAUUCCAGCCAAGCAAUUCCCUUGGUAGUUGAGAGCUGCAUACGAUUUAUUAGCAGACAUGGUCUGCAACACGAAGGAAUAUUCAGGGUGUCAGGAUCUCAAGUUGAAGUGAAUGAUAUUAAAAAUGCAUUUGAGAGAGGGGAGGAUCCACUGGCUGGAGACCAAAAUGACCAUGAUAUGGACUCAAUAGCUGGAGUUCUAAAGCUUUAUUUUCGUGGGCUGGAACAUCCUCUCUUCCCCAAGGAAAUCUUUCAUGACUUGAUUGCAUGUGUCACAAUGGACAAUCUGCAAGAAAGAGCUCAGCACAUCCGGAAAGUCCUACUGACUUUGCCUAAAACUACUUUGAUUGUAAUGAGAUACCUCUUUGCAUUCCUCAGUCAUUUAUCUCAGUUCAGUGAGGAGAACAUGAUGGACCCCUACAAUUUAGCCAUCUGCUUUGGACCCACGCUGAUGUCAGUGCCUGAAGGACACGAUCAGGUCUCCUGCCAAGCUCAUGUCAAUGAGCUCAUCAAAACGAUAAUCAUACAACAUGAGAAUGUCUUCCCAGGACCAAGAGAGCUGGAGGGCCCUGUGUACACCAGGGGUGGAAGCACUGAGGAUUACUGUGAAAGCCCUCAUGGGGAAACAGCCUCCACAGAAGAUACAGCUCAGGAUAUGGCCACUGAACACCAUACAAGUGAUGAUGAAUGUGAACCCAUUGAAGCAAUAGCCAAAUUUGACUACAGUGGUCGAACAGCACGUGAACUGUCUUUUAAAAAGGGGGCUUCCCUCCUGCUUUAUCACCGGGCCUCGGAUGACUGGUGGGAGGGCCGUCACAAUGGAAUUGAUGGUCUGAUCCCGCAUCAGUACAUCGUUGUCCAGGACACUGAGGAUGGCAUAUCAGAAAGAUCAAGCCCAAAAUCUGAAGUAGAAGUCAGUUCUGAGCCACCAGAGGAAAAAGUGACAGCCAGAGCUGGCUCCAACUGCCCAAGUGGUAGCCAUGUUGCAGAUAUUUACCUUGCAAAUAUCAAUAAGCAAAGAAAAAGACCUGAGUCUGGCAGUAUACGAAGAGCUUUCCGUCAAAGUGACAGCCAUGGACUACCCAGCUCGCUUGGAGAAGCAUCUCCACCAGGAGCUGUGGCCAGUUCUCGUCCCUCCUCACAACCCAUUAUGAGCCAAAGUCUCCCAAAAGAGGUACCAGAUGCAUGCUCCAUUAGUGGCCAUGGGAGCCUCAAUUCUCUCAGCCGGCAUGCCUCCCUGAAGAACAGGAUAGAUAGCCCUCAUAUCCGGAAAAAUGUGACUGCAGGAAGGUCAAAGAGCUUUAAUAACCAUCGGCCUAUGGAUCCUGAAGUCAUUGCACAGGAUAUUGAAGCUACUAUGAACUCUGCUUUGAAUGAGCUGUGGGAGCUGGAACGGCAAAGUAAUGUAAAACACACACCAGACGUUGUCCUUGACACCCUGGAGCCUCUGAAAACCUCCCCUGUCGUAGCACCCACCUCAGAACCUUCCAGCCCUUUGCAUACUCAGAUCCUCAAGGACUCUGAACCAGCUUUCCAGCGGAGUGCUAGCACAGCAAGCGACAUUCCCUGUGCCUUCAGGCCAGCAAAGUCUGUCAAAAUGGCUGCCCAGGUCAAACCUCCAGCAACCAGGCCCAAGCCUGCUGUUUUCCCCAAAACAAACACCACAAGCACUGCAGUUGCCUCAGCAUCUCAACAGCCUACUGACAAGUCAUGUACUGUCUGAACAUGAAAGCCUACUGUGAAUAUAGCAUUUUUGUUUCAGACGAGGGGACCCACUUAAGGAGACAUUAAAAUGUCUAUUUAAUUAGCAUUGGACUUCUGCUGAAGAUUCGCUUAUGUUACUUUUUCCAGGGAUGUGCCCCAGCUAAUCAAGCCUCACAUCGCACUUCCAUCAAGUAAUACUGAGGCACCACAACUUGAUUCAGCCUGAAACAUCAAGUCUUAGACCACUGUGAAAUCAGUGAGGAAAAGGCAAAACUAUGUAACCUGUUCCUGUUAACUAGUUAAUGCCUUGUUCAAGUGUCUGGUCACUAAGGAAAAUCUUGGGUGUCAUUUUGCUUUGGAAGUUUGUGGAAGGGACUUCUGUGCUUCAGCCACUAUGGGGAAAAUAGCACAAUAUUGCUUAUCCAUGCUUUUGAUCCCACUGGUUUAGGUGGGCAUGCCUAGGGCUUUUUUUGGUGUGCAUUAUUACAGCGCACUAUGGUGCCACAAGGUCUGUUAAGUGUUCAUUACAGCCUCUCUCUUUUCAGGGGUGCCUGUUCUAAAACUUAAGUACUUUGUUUUUAGAUGAGGGUUCAAAACCCAUAAAGAAUUGUGCCACAUGAAUCUAGUUCUGCUUUAGUGGAGGCAUAUUACAUGCAUCUAUGCAUGUAUUCAUUUGAAAUUAAACCAAUAAUAUAGAGAAAAUCAGGAGUAUGAAAGCUUGCAUGGUUAAACCUUCCCUACUUGUAUCUUUGCUUGGUGCUUCCAGAGCAAAAACUGAGUAUAAUGCUUUGAAUUUUAAUACCAUUUCUCUAAAAGGGUUUCUCUUUUCAUGUGGACUUCUGAGACAAAAUGAAAUCUUGAGUUAAAUUUUGAAAACCAACUACUUUCUCAUUCUCUCUCAACUGGAAUCCAUUUAUGUACAUCUAUAGUAGUGGUAGGAACCUUGUUCUCUUCCAGAUGUUUUAAAUUACAAAUUCUGUUAUCUCUGACCAUUGGUCAUGAAGUCCAGAACGUAAGGGGGUGUAGACCAAAACAGCAGGAGUUGCCUUACCCUGAUCUACAGUGUAAAAUAAAAUGGAUUCAGGCUAGUCCCUCUGGUUCUGUCCUAAAAUUGACAUCAGAUCAUCUGAGUUAGCAAAUUCUCUCCCUCUCUCUCUCUCUCUCCCUCCCUCCCUCCCUCCCUCCACCCUUACUCUCCACAUUCCCUUUCCCCCCUUGUGGUUCAGCCUGCUUUGAGUUUAUGGUAUAGUGGCAUAAGACAAAAAGCUGCACUGGGACAUGGAUAUAGUCCAACUUGCAGCACAUUUCUGUAACAGAUCACCAUGUCUUCAAGUACUCUGCAGACAGUAAAAUGAAUCAUCUUAGAAUUGGUAUUUAACAUGAUGGAUUACAGUUACUCCAAGUUCCAACAGAGUAUAUAGACGCUUCUUUGCAUUUGAAGGGCAAUUUAGUUUCCAGAAUCGUAGCUAUCCUUCAAAGAAGAAGAAAAUGCCCACUUGAAAAGUUACAGGGAGUUGGUUUCAAUUGCCUUUAUGACCACCAAACAAAGGGACUCUAAAUUAAAAUCCAUUCUAACUCAGUCACAUUCCUUUGAUUGUCAGCUGGGGGCAAGAUAAGGAGAUGAAAUGUGUUUUUCAUGCUGUAGGUCGGAGCUGCCGUAUGUUUUUCUUGUGGUUUUAUGAAUGGAAUAGUUAGUGAUAUUUGAAUAGAAACAAAAUAUUUACUCUUCUGUGAAUGAACUUGAUGGUAAUCAUUUCAGGUUAACCUACAGUUGUUAGAUGGACAUACAUUAACCUUCCUGCUUGUUUGUUUGGUUUUUUUUUUUUAAGUUUGUCUUUCAAAAUUCUAUGACUUGACAAUCUUGCAAACAGUAGUAGAAAGGAAAUCAUGUGAAAGGUUUGGAUGGGGACAGUUUUGGUCUGUAACAUUUUCCCUAGCCUUUGACUGUUUAGAUACAUUGACCUCUUGUAUGUGUGUGCAUGUGUUAUUGCUACAUCUUGGACCUUUACUGAAUGUCCUGACCACUGUAACCUGGUCAUUAAUUCUCGGGAUGGAGGAACCAUCUUUCUUUCUUUCUUUCUUUGUUUCUUUCUUUCUUCUUUUAAGAUCUAGAGUUUUACUCAGGCAAAGCUACUUGCUUUAAAAAAACAUUUGAAAGAAUGGUUUAGAUUUACCAGUUCCUAAGGCAGGUCUUUUUAGCCUGUACCAUCCAGGUGGCAGGUAGAAGCAAUAUCUCUAUUUCCUGCAAUUCCAAAUACCUGUUGAACUCAUUUCAGUGUAAUUAAAAGCACAUGGAACACAAGGCAUUAGGAGAAGUAAUGUUACAUCAUUACAUGAGUCAGAAAGCAGGGAUGGAGCAAUGCUUACAUGCUCAUAAUGCCUUAUUUUAUGUUAUACCAGUGAAAAGCAACUCAGCUGCUCAGUGCACUUUGAAACAAAAAAGGUUUUUUCAUGUCUUCAUUAUGUUUUGAUAAGUGAAUGAAAACUGGCAUUUUUAACGCCUUGAUAUUUUUAUUACUAGUCUUUGUAUAUUUAACUGUGAGGGGUUUGUUGUUGUUUUCCUUACUGUAGCAUUUGGGAAACCCGUUGACAAAGGAAGUAUAAACAUCAGAGUAUUUACAGCGUAUCAGUGCUAUCCAACUGGAAUUAAUGUUUGCCCCAUGACCUAUAUUGCAAAUGUACAUAUGAAAACCAUCCUUUCACAAGCAAACUCUAAGCAAUGCAUUUGAAAAAUAAAUUAACUAAAUUGCAUAGUUCAAAAUCUGUAGGUUAGUUAGUGGGAUUGUUCUCUGCUGCAAGAUUUUCAGGCCCUUGCACAACUGUGUUUUCCACAUAUUUCUUCUGGAUAAAUUACUGGAGAGAGGUUUUAGGACAUAUCUACAUUGCAAACUUAUACUGAUUUCAUAUCAGUUGUCAUGGCUUGCCUACAAAGAACUGUGACCAUUCUGCUUUACUGAGACAAGAAAAAUAUUUUAGAAAUCACAUCUCCCCAUACCUUACCCAUGCAACCUUAAACACCAGGUUCACUAGGAAAAAGGAAUUACUCCUUUAAAGUGAUAAAGAGUGCAGGUCUAUCCAUUUCCCCAAUAUAAGUGGCUGCUUGUAUAUGGUAUGUUGGUAACUCACCAGCAGCCACCACUGUCAAAAAGGAGCACUGCUUAGAGGGAGAUUUGCUGCAGUAAUGGAGGACUCUCUUAUCCAUGUGCAGACAGAAAGAUCCUGCAAAAGGGAGAGUCUUUCUGGAGGGAGUCAGCUAUAGAUCCACUGGAUUCAAAGCUACUCUAUUCCCUGCUGAUUCCCUGCUGAUAAUAGCCCAUCAUGGAGAAAUCCACUCACCUGUGUUUCAUCCUGGCUGGCCUGAGUUGUAAGACCAGGGUGGGUUACAGACCGCCGCUUUGCAGCGCUCUGCCGCCGCCGCCGGUUAGUCCGCGGGGGAGCCGGAGCCUCCACACGGCGCGGCUCCCGU